AACAAGAAAAAAUGGUGAACAUUCCCAAGACUCGUAAGACCUACUGUCCUGGUAAGAACUGCCACAAGCAUACCUUGCACAGAGUUACUCAAUACAAGAAGGGUCCCGACUCUAAGGUUGCUCAAGGUAAGCGUCGUUACGACCGCAAGCAAAGUGGUUUCGGUGGUCAAACAAAGCCCGUCUUCCACAGAAAGGCCAAGGUUACCAAGAAGGUUGUCCUUCGUUUAGAAUGUGUUGCUUGCAAAUACAAGAACCAAAUCUGCUUGAAGCGUUGCAAGCACUUUGAGCUUGGUGGUGAGAAGAAGACCAAGGGUGCUGCUAUCCAAUUCUAAGCUUAUUAGCAAUAAAUGGAUUUGUUAUCUUUUGCGGUUAAGAUUUGUAUGCUGUUGAUUUGUUUUGUAGCGAUUAGAAGGGGUUAUUGCUCUACUUAUGUAUGUUUCCACUAUGUAAUUUUUUUUUCAGCUGUUCGUUGUAGUGAUCUGUACAGUCCAAACAGAUAUAUUAAGAUGAAUAUGUUUAGAAUAUCAAACAGUCGA